ACCUCACCACCUCACCUUACCUUACCAACCCGGCCAAACUCAACGAAAAGCUUCAAGUUCUUCUUCUGCAUCUAUGCGGCGCCAAUGUACUUCCAAGUGGACUAACCUUCACACACUUUGGCCCCGUGUUUCAGAUUUCUAGCUCUCUCAAGUUCUCAACGCCGUAGUGGGUCGACGACCUCACUUCUGCAUUCCCAGCAUGCAGCCCAAGAUGCAGCAUUUCAUCGACGAGUCCACCCUUUUUCCCCUUCCUUCUGCAGUAGCUCCAAGCUACCCUGUUUCCUGUGUCCUUUUGUGUCUUGCCGGGGUCAGAAGAUAGACGACCGUCUUUCUCUCUUCCUCCACCUCAACAUGGGAUACACACUACCUUACCGUAACUACGUAGUCGAGAAUACGUAUCCAUCCAACUUUUUCAUCAGUCGUCUGGUCUCGGCCCACGAUCCGUCCAAGGGACCCUGGCAUCGACAGACUACAAACCCCCAAGCCGGAUGCGCGCAGCUCAACCCACAGUUGCGUUGUACCGCUGCUUCUCUACCCUCCCCUCGUCAGUUGAUGGGGCUAGAGACCCAGACUUGGGCCCGACGACCUACGGUCAGUCCAAGGCUGGGGCCGGGGCGAAGGCCACACGCCCUCACUCCAGUCGGCCGUCAGUCGCGCGCCGCAUCACCACCACCAUAUCCAUUGGGCUACGAGCCUCAAACCCGAGGAUAAAGAUGUCCUCCCCUCCCGCGCCUACUGUCCCUUUCUGUCGGCCCCUUCUCUCUCCAUCCUCAUCUCGUCUCCUCGUCUCCUUUGCGCUCUCGUCCUCUCAUCCUCGUCUCAGUCUAAACUUAUUAUCAAAUCGACCUUUGUUUGUUUACUAUAACUCGCAUUAUCUGGAUACCAAAACAAAAAAGUUAUACACCUAGAUCUCUCGGAACGCCCUGGUCUCGUUGAACGCGGCCACUUCGUCCCUGCUUCACAGCAACCCCCGUCUGCUUUUCCCAUCGCAACGCAAUCCUCAAACGCCAAAGAACUCCUGGAGCUGGCCUCCUCUCUCUCACGAAACACCUCUCAUAAUCCCAUAAUCCAACCAACCUACACAGUCACAAUGUCCACUCUGGCAGCGGAUAUGUCUUUCGACUUCAUCUUCCCCUCGUGCGAGCCCUCCACGCCGCCGAGUUUCUCCUUCGACUCUUCUCUCCUCGAUCUCCCCUACCACCACAACCCGGGCCACAACCGCUCCCGCUCAAAUGGUUCCGUCUACUCCUUCAUCUCUGCCGCAGACUCCACACCGGACUCGGUGAGCACACGCAUGACAACCCCGUCUCGUGCCUCACCCCCGAUCCGCCAACACGGCCCCCUCUUGCUUCCCAAGAUCCGCUCCCAGGACCAAGCCAUCGAGUCGCCUCCCAAGCGCAUGAAGGCAUCGCCAAAGCCCCGCGCCCCGGUUCCCAGACGGGCAACCCCCGUGGCCCCCACCACCAACGCCGUCUUCCGCCCGGCUCACACUCGCAGCUUCACCAACCCGGAGACCCUCACAUGGAACAUGCCCUCCACUUACUGCAGCCAGCCCGAGGAGCAGACUCCUUCGUCCCUUCUUUGCUCUCCCAUCAUCUUCGCCGAUGAUAUGCAAUCUCGCCGUGCGUCAACCUGCAGCCUUGAGGGUGUCGCCCUCGAGAAGUUCGGCUUCCCGACCUACCGUCAGAUGCCCUCAUACGUUCCCUCUCCUGCUCCUCAGCAGCCAUCAGAGGCAUACAUGUUCCCCUCCUACACUCCUCGUGCGCCGUCUCCUCUCAGCCUGUCCGCCGCUGCUACUCCGGACCCGACUCCCAGCACCACUCUCAUGACUUACCUCACCGGAUCUAACCCUGCUCCUUCGCUGGUGCGCACCAUCUCGUUCCCUCUCCGGGAUCCCAACACCAAGCACUUCUGGUGGGACGUUCGCCAAAUCCGCCCCUGGACAACCUUCAACGCCUCCUCCGUCCUCUCUCUCCCUGGUGCCGCCGCCCUUCUCAACUGCCCCGUUCCGGCACCUCUCCUCCCCAACCCGGCCCCAACUGCCCGCCACCCAGAGACGGAAGCCGCUCUUCACAGCAUCUACGCCUCUCACUACCUCCCCAAGCUCAACGCCGCGCUCGCCAUCUCUUCUCACAGACCCAUGCAGCUCUCUGCUCCGGCUCCCUCUGCCACCGUCAAGCAGCCCGAGCUGCUCUUCACCGCCUCUCCCGCUGGCGAGCCCGCCUCCGCUGCCACCAUCUUCGGUGGCAAGCCCACCGCUCGCGUCGUCGGCCUCGUCCGCUCCUUUGACCGCUUCAACACCGGCAUGCGUGUCGAGGGCAACAUCAAGCGCGUAGAGUACCUCCGCGGCCUCGCCGCCCUGCACCACGCCAUGCGCGAGCACUCGUGCCGCUACGGCUUCAUCCUCACAGAGAUUGAGCUCGUCAUCGUCCGCAACGGCAGCGAGUCCGUCCCCCACUUUGGUCACCUCGAAGUCACCUCCGUUCAGCUUGCCGCCGUCGCUGACGAUGCCGACUGCGAGGUCGGCGAGAUUCCUCUGACUGCCUGCCUUGCGCUCUGGGGCCUCUGCAUGAUGGCUGGCGACGAUGCGCCUCAGCAGCAGGGCCGCAGUGCCGUGGCGCACUGGAAGACGGAGAUUGGCGCACCUGCUGAGGGUACCCGACGCAAGGCGCUGCCUAGGGAUGAUUGGAUGCCCAAGCCGCAGUUGGCUGAGAAGCGUGAGGCCAAGAGGGCGAGAGGCUGGGUCAUGCCCGAGGACCCCGUCGGCAGGAAGGAGUUGGGUAAGAGAGGUGUGCGGUACGGUGCUUGCUGAGAUGUUUUUUUCUGCUUUCUGCUCUUUUUUUUUGGAAUUAUUUGUUCGUCUGCUUUUAUCUUGGCGUUUUGAAAAAGAGUCGCUUGGGCUGGUUCCAGACACUCUUUCUGGUGGGUGGAUAUGGGUACAUAAAAAAUAAUUGGGAUGGGACAUGACUGGGAAUGGAUCAUGACUGGAUGAUGGGUAAACCAUGGGACAUGUAUUUACAAGGAUUUCGGUAGCUGAGACGAGGGACUUUCACGAGUUGCAUGACGAGGCAUUCUUUCAUAGUACAG